AUCAUCCGCAUAGUGCGGAGCAACAGUAUCGAGGGCCUGAGCGUCCCAUCGUUCGAGAUGGAGUGUGUGGGCUACACCAUCUCGCUGCUCUUCUGCUGGACGCGCCGCGUGCCCUUCAGUGCUUAUGGCGAGCUCUUCUUCCUCGUACUCCAGUCGCUCAUUCUCAUGCUGCUGAUUUAUUUCCAUUCCCCAAGACUGGGCCGCCAGAGAUACCUGAGGGCCGGCAUCUACAUGGGCAUGGUAGCACUCCUCCUGUCACCAGCCAUGCGCCCCGACUGCUUCGAAGCGCUCUAUAACGGGCAGACGGCUCUUUUCACACUCUCAAGACUACCGCAGAUGUGGCAAAACUUUGUGUCCGCCAGCACGGGUCAGCUGUCUCUCACCACCAGUGCCAUGAGCGCAGCAGGGUGUGCAGCCCGAUUCUUCACCAGCAUACAAGAGAGAGCGCCUUUCAGCAUGGUGAUAGCAAGCACGGCUGGCUUCAUGGCUCACGGGGUGCUGCUUGCUCAGAUCCUCGCUUACAGCAAGCCAGCAAUUCAAGCAACGCAGCAAACAGCAGCAGAUACCAAGCAAGCAGCACUGCCAGGCAUACCCGCAUCGGGCCUCCCUCCUCCUACCGCAUCGGAGUAA